CGUAGUGUGUGGGCGUCACAUCGGUUGUUGCAUUCGUGCCUGUCGGUGGCGCGGUCAUUUGGCGUUCAAUUCGACGAAUCGAAAUUAAUGGAUACAGUGAUUUAACAAAUCGUUUAGUGUUCUAACGUCGACGCGACGCAGCCGUAAAAUAUUUUUUACGCUAACAAUCAAAUCGAUACAAUUGCUACGUGCGCCUUAAAACAGUGAUAACUCCUUGGUGUUUUAAAAAAUUAAAAAAUGUCAGUGGAAGGAUUGGAAUACGAGACCAUCGUCCAAAACGGACCUAAAAAAGUAAGUAGCCAUGACCACCGGUAUAGACAGAGACACGAUACGUUCAGCAUAUGAAGACGUCAGAUCUGAUGCUACUCCCACCGAAUGGGCGGUUUUCAAAUUCGAAGGCGCCAGGAUAGUCUGCUCAGCGCGAGGGAGCGACUUCACGGAGUUUAGGACUCAGUUCUCUGAUGACGAGCGGGCUUUUGGGUAUCUGAGGCUGCAAAUGGGAGACGAGAUGUCGAAACGCAAAAAGUUCAUGUUCAUGACGUGGGUGGGCCCCAACGUGUCCGUCAUCAACCGCGCCAAGAUGUCCACAGAUAAAGCGAUCAUCAAAGAUAUUAUAUCUAACUUUGCUGUGGAAUUACAGUUGGAGAGUCAGUCUGAAAUUGAUAUUGAUCAAUUUAAGGACGCUUUGAACAGGGCUGGAGGCGCAAAUUACGGCACCGGAAUCAGGGAUUUAUGAACUGAAUCCGCCUAGGCAUUACCACAAUCGCAUGACUGAAUUUUAUUUGAAUAAUAUACACACUUUUUGUACUUUACAGUAUUGUUAGAAACGACCUUGCGUAAAUUAAGGUUGUGGUAUUAUUUAAAAAGCUAAAAAAUUGCUCGUAGACUUUUUACAAUAUUUUCUACUAAUUUAAAUCUAGACUUAGACUAGGUGACACAAAAUUUUAAUUAAAAAUGUUUAUAUUUCUACGAUUCAUAGUUUAAAACUGUAACAUCAAUAAUUUAUUUUUAUCAUGUCGAAGACUAGAUUAUUUUCUUAAAAUUGGAUGAUUAUUUUUUAUUUAUAUAUAUUGAUCGAUUUUAAAAUAAUGAUUUUAGUUUUUAACAAAACGUGCAAUUUACCGCGUGUAUGAAAUUGCCAAAAACUUAUAAUGUUGCCAUGUGUAAGGCAUAAGUGCAUUUAUCUUUUGUAUUUAAAUGACCAAGUCAAAAUUUUAGAUCGUAUUGUGUACAAGACUCAGGAAUGAUCGCUUUUAUAUUAUACGCAUGGAUUGCAUAUCCAAUUUUAAUACUGACUGGUAAAUAAAAGUAACCAAAUGAA